AUGUCGGACGACGGUCAGGAGCUUGUUACCAAGCCCUUCAAGUUUGUCACUGGCACUGAUGCUCGUUUCCCCAACAUGAACCAGACCAAGCACUGCUGGCAAAACUACGUCGAUUACCACAAGUGCAUUAUCGCCAAGGGCGAGGACUUUGCGCCCUGCCGCCAGUCCGGCAACUUCCCCGUCAAGCUCGAUGCUUAA